AUGAAGACAUUUCUACCCCCGCACUUUGUCCUAGAGGAGGUGACAAGUGAUGACUUUGUCAUUGCGUCGCUUGCGUGGGGCUUCACGCUGGGAUUCGGCUGGUUGACCGUGUCCUCGGCUAUCGCCCAGACCGCUAAGACCUGGAGACGCUUUGCCUUCUACUUCACCAUCCUCACAACAUGGGCUCUUCAGGUUCAGUUCCUGCUGCAGAUCAUCAUCAACCGAUGUUCCAUCCUCCUCCCUGACAAGCGUGCCGCACGGUGCCUGAAGUUCUAUGUCGCGCUCUUCAUCACCGCGAUCAACAUAUCGGUGUACUGCAUCUGGCUGCCAGCGAGGUUGCAAAUUUCGGAGCGGUAUAUUCAUAUCAAUGAAUUCUGGGAUCGUACCGAAAAGGUCAUUUACCUGCUCGUCGAUGCAGCACUCAACCUAUACUUCAUAAUAAUUGUGAAACGCAACCUCGUUGCGAAUGGUCUGAAGAAAUACAAGAGACUCACAAACUUCAACAUCUUCAUCAUCGGCUUUUCUCUGUCUAUGGACAUUCUAAUUAUCAGCAUGAUGAGUCUGAAGAAUACAUUUGUUUAUAUGCAAUUCCACCCUCUCGCCUACAUGGUGAAACUUAAUAUCGAAAUGACCAUGGCAGAUCUCAUCGCCAAGAUAGCGAAGAAACAAGAGCGCCUCCCAACGUACCAUUCAAGCUGGAACCGAAGGCCUGGCAUCGGCUCGAGAAUGCCCAGCUUCGGCAGCCGCAACAACACGAUACAGCCCUUACCGCCCACGAGAAAUGCCGUUCCAUUCCGAGUGUGGCAGAGCAGUGUAUCAGGAGGCAUGGAAAGCGCCGCCGUCUCACGCAGGGGCAGUGUCAACACCCCAGCGAACGAGCUGACGUUCGUGACGGUCCCCGAGGACCCCGUCUGGAACGCCGCCGGGAUGACGUCCGGGACUGACAACCCCAAUAUAUCCGAUCCGCCGUUGGAGCUGUACAUGGUGAAGGAGGUGACGGUGGAAUCGGAUGUCGUCCGCCGGUCGACGUUUGCGCCGAAUGGAAGCCAGGGUAGCUUGGGGGACAACUGGGACCGGCCGUCCCCGUCGUCGUCAGGAAGAGAGCGCACGGAUGACAUGGCUACUUUGCGGGAUACUCCGCCGCCGGUAAUAUGGGACGGCUCUCCGUCUGUGUCUACUACCAUUGCGACAGGGAGAAAGAACGAUUGA